CAGGCGAGGAAGGGACGGUACGGAGCGGGGACAUGAACGGCUCGGCGAACUCGCUGCUGGACAAGGAGGAGCACCCGCUGCAGCUGGGCGAGAGCUUCGAGCGGCGGCCCAAGGCCUCCUUCCACACCAUCCGCUAUGAUUUUAAGCCAGCAUCGAUUGAUACCUCUUGUGAGGGGGACCUCCAGGUCGGUAAAGGAGACGACGUAACCAUCACCUUGCCCCAUAUCCCAGGCUCCACUCCACCCAUGACUGUGUUCAAAGGAAACAAAAGGCCGUAUCAGAAGGACUGUGUGCUCAUUAUCAACCAUGACACUGGGGAGUAUGUGCUGGAAAAGCUUAGUAGCAGCAUCCAAGUCAAAAAAACAAGAGCAGAAGGCAGCAGUAAGAUUCAGGCCCGGAUAGAGCAGCAGUCUGCCCGAGCAUCUCAGCCUCCUUCACAGUUCAGAGCCCCAACCAAGCCAGCAGCUGGGCCCAAAACUUCUCCUUUGAAGGAUAACCCCUCGCCUGAGCCGCAGCUGGAUGACAUUAAGAGAGAGCUGAGAGCAGAGGUUGAGAUUAUCGAGCAGAUGAGCAGCAGCAGCGGAAGCAGCUCCUCGGCUUCAGAAAGCUCAUCUGGGAGUGAAGACGAAAGCUCCAGCAGCGAGGGGGAAGAGCCAGCACAUGUGUCCCCUUCCCAGCCUCCACACCAGCAGUACAACAACAGGAAUGCUGUGGCCAAUGGCACCAGCAGGCCACAGGGCAGCAACCACCUCAUGAACACGCUCCGAAAUGACUUGCAGCUGAGUGAGUCUGGGAGUGACAGCGACGACUAGAGGCUGGGCUUUUGCUCCUUCUGUUACAUAUCCCUGAAGAACUCAUGUACCUGGAAGUGAUCCUAUGGCUUAGGAAGAGGAGCUGGCACAGGGAGAGAGUUCCAUGUGUGGAAUUUUAAUAGGAGAAAGGCACAGCCCUACAAAAUAGCAGCUACGGAAGGCUGCUUGACUUUGUGAAUGAAGUGUACAUUUUGUGUA